GGCGCGCAUGCAGGCUCCUGGCACGCCACGUAAGCACGCAUGCACCGCACCGUGCAGGCGGUCCGCCGCGCCACGUGGCGGCGCGCACCCCGGCAUGGACCGCCUAUAUCUGCCGGCCCGCCGCGCGCAGCAUGCAGCUAGCAGUCGGUUCUUCUUCGUCAACCUCCGAUCCAGCCAGCCAGUCGAUCUCACUCACCUCACCUGCAGCCAGCGAGGCAGCGGCUUAUCAUCACCGGCAGCCCGGCAGCCAUGUGGACGGGGAAGGCGGCGGCGCGGGCGGCCGUGCUGCUCCUGCUGCUCAUUGUCGUCGCGCAGGAGUGGUCGCCGGCGCCGGCGGCGGAGGCGCGCGUGUGCCGGCGGCGGAGCGCGGGGUUCCAUGGGCUCUGCGUCUCCGACCGCAACUGCGCGCAGGUGUGCCUGCAGGAGGGCUGGGGCGGCGGCAACUGCGACGGAUUCAGGCGACAGUGCAAGUGCGUCAGGCAGUGCUAGCUAGCUACUAGCCUCUGCCGAACCUAUACGUCCAUGAUCGACGGUGUGUGUAUGUACGUACGUAUACUACUAGCACUAUGUGUGGUGUACGUACGUGCCCGAAGGCCGCCAAAUCUGCUGGCUUUGAUGAUGAUGAUCAGAAUAAAAGAUGGAUAAUAUAUAUAGCAAAUUAAAAUCGUUA